GCUACAGCCGCUGUUGUCUUGGAAUUUGCAUUUACUCGAUAUCCGUUUUUCGCCGCCGUUGAUAAUUCCAGUUCAUCAAUCAGAAGUUUAAUGUUGGGACCUCCAUGCUGGAUCCCUGUUGCAAUGCCUGUCGGCCUUUAUUUAACCCAAUAUUAUCUAAUCUUCUUCGGUUUGUGGGUCGUUGCAUUCCUCUACAGCUCCUGCGAUGCAUUCAUUAUCAGCAAUGCCCUGCAUAUUUGCGGUCAGUUUGAAAUACUCAAUAUGACCUUUGAUGACUGGCGUCCAGAAGAGAGUGAUUCAAACGCGAGGUACAGAAUACGAAAAUACUCGAAACGUCACAACGAGCUGUUGCUGCUAGGCAAUCAGUUCAAUCAGUUGGUCAAUAUCUCCAUUUUACUUGGCAUUUUUGGGAAUUGCUUCAUCGUUUGCUCCUCAGGAAUUGCUCUUCUCAUCUCUAUGAAGAAUGGAAAUGCUCUCGAGGAUGUCAUCAAUUGUGUAGUCAGAAUUUAUGUUGGCUACAUGUCAUUGUUUAUGUACAGCUAUUUUGGAGAGAAAAUGUUUUACCAAGCGGAAAAUUCCAGGAUGACUGCGUACGGAUGCCCGUGGUAUAUUAUGCCGUCGGAUAUUAUCAAAGAUAUUCAAUUUAUUAUAAUGCGGAAUAAUUCCUUCUGCCAUUUAACUAUUGGUGGAGUUUUGAUUAUGAAUUAUGAGAGUUUCAAGCAAUUGACACGACUCAUGUUUUCGUCCUUCUCAAUUCUCAAAUUGAUGAUUGAAUAAAAAAAAAAAACACGUGCCGUUAUAAAAUAAUCUGCAUCGGUCAUUUAUUUCUAUCUGAUUAUUCUCCCCGUAUUCUACAAUUUUCAAUUGC